AUGCCUAUUUCUUCAUCAACCACUACAUCAGGAUUAAGUGAUGCCUUACGACGACUCACAUCUACCACGUCUAUCAGUCGAGGCCUUGCAGCGCUGUCCUCGGAGAAAUCCUGUGGCAAGCACUUGUGGUUAUCCAAAUUCAACAAGAAGCAAAUCAAUGUGUUCCUUAAAACGCCCCAUGUUGUUGCAGGCAGUGUGAUGUCAGGGACAGUAGCAAUCGAUAUGACCUUGUGUAAUACAUUUGACGUGCUUAAUCCCCAUACGCUACCACUCAAAAGCCUCGUUCUUGAGCUUCAUGGCAUCGAACGCAUUGCUGAAUCAGGUCCAUUUGGAUUAGGCACCCAUCAUCAUCCAUUUUUGAAGCAAUGUGUCUUAUCCCUUGAUCAUGAGCAGCUGCUAUCGGUAUAUCAACAAGGAAUCAAGCGUGGUAUUAAUAAGCUGGUUGUAUCCUUUUCUUUUCAAUUGCCAGAGGAUCUUGAAAGUAGUCAUCGUAAUCGAAAGGCAGCUGUGCAUUAUUCACUUCGAGGUGUACUAGACGUAAAUUGCUGUCAAGAGGAGGAGGACAAGAUUGUUGAGUUUGAAGAGCCAGUGCGGGUUUAUGCAAAUCAACGCGCUAUUUCAAAUGCGCUUCUUUACCUUCCGGUGCAUGAAACAUUUUGUGCCUGUCGCUCUUCUUCCUCCACCAGACACGAUCCACCACCACGAUGCUCUUCUUCUUCUUCUUCCUGCAUCAAGAUCGAUCUUGAACUCUCUCGAAGCAUUUGGAGUAAUUGCGCUCCCAUCUACACUUGCGUCACCAUUGCCAAUGGCUCAUGUCAGAAGAUAUUGGAUAUCACGCUUGAACUCUUACGCUACCAGCAAACUUUUACGUAUGAUGAUGAUGAGCCCGAUCGACGUUUGGCUGCUUCCAGUUCGACUAUCGUUGCACGAUCUUCUGCCGAGAAGCUUGGAUUGAUGCUACCCUUGGAACCUGGUACAAAGGAUCAAGCCAUCAUGGUCAUUCAACCACCUAGAGGACAAUGUUCAAUACAAAACAGCAAGCUCAUACACAUUUCAUAUGCACUUCGAUUGUCGAUUGUAUCAGCAAACAUAAGGAAAGAGCACGUGAUCCAAGUACCCAUCACCCUUAUCCACUCUAUUUCACUUGAUCCUCCACCAAAUCAGGAAGAUGCUUUGAGAAUUGAUACGUCUGAUGCAAAAUACGAUGCAUGCCGUCAAAUGCUGGUGGAUAUUUUUCGACAAACGCCUGCGAUUGAAGAUGAUGAUGAUGAUGAUGACGACGUUGGCGAAUUGGAUUUUGCUUUCAAGGGCUCAGCAACACGACGCAUGACUACUACUACUACAUCCAUCUAUCACAACAAUCAUAUCAGCACUACUAGUGGUCAACAAGCUUAUCAACAACCGAGGGUGCGUCACGGUUCUGUAUGGUCUCCCAAACAAUUUGGAAAGCGACCUGGUUGCUUAGGAAAUGCCGGUUUGGAUAUCCGUCGCAAGCUCAAUGUUGCCACAGCACGUGAAGCAUGGCAUGGAUACGCAGCAGAACAUUACUACUUUCCAUCUUGUAAUACUGGAGGUGGUGGAGGAGGAGGAACUUCCGAAACAAGCCCAAUUACCCCUGUGGAUGAACGACGAAGGAUGCUACCAUUAUCAUACUUUGAGUUGGAUGGCAACAAUGCAUCUGUCAGAUCAAGUGAUGGUAACGAUCGCAAGAUACUUGCAUUACUAGAAAAUCAACUCGCAUGUGACCUUCCACCGCCAUCCAUUGUACACACGUUUUAG